UUGAAAGAAAACUGUAUGCCAGCAGAAGCUUGUAGCAUUUGAAUUCCCCGAGUAGCUGGUGAAUUUUUUCAAAAAAUUCCUUGUGUCUUGAUUGUGCACCCACUAUUGACCCAGAAAUUUUAAAUUUUACGGAUUACAACUGUUUUUCUUUAAACACACUAACACGGAUUGGCAACAUGGCUAUGCGUAACUGUCCACUUUUAGCUUAAAAAUCAGCUGUUUUUCAGUACUUUAGUGAAAGCGGACGUGGCAGGACGUGUGUUAAACCUAGCAGCGUUAAUUGAAAAACAACCAAAUGGAGAGUUGCGGAAAUAGGCGGAGUUUUGACGAUUUUGAGGACCAUUUAACACAAUAUCUCAAAGACGCAAAACAAAUCGCCCUAUUAUUGGAUUACGAUGGAACUUUGAGUCCCAUAGUAGCCCAUCCCGACCUGGCAACAAUUCCCCUUGAAACCAAAGCGUUACUGGAAGAUUUAUCCGCAGUUCCUAACAUAUUUUUGGCAAUAAUUUCCGGAAGAAAUACUGACAACGUUAAGCAAAUGGUCGGCAUAGACAACAUUGUCUAUGCAGGCAACCAUGGACUAGAAGUGAUUUAUCCAGAUGGAACCAAAUACGUUCACCAACUUCCGACCGAAUUCAGCAACCAAGUGAAGCAACUAAUCGCAAACUUGGAGCAAUCAGUAGUGCGAGAUGGUGCCUGGAUCGAGAACAAAGGGGCAUCUUUAACGUUCCACUUUCGUGCAACUCCCGAAGAAAAACGGACCGAGAUCGAAAACACCGCUCGACAAAUCAUAGAAAAGGCAGGCUUCAAAGUGGGGAAUGCUCAUAUGGCUUUGGAAGCUCGCCCUAAGGUCGAGUGGAACAAAGGGAGCGUAGCUCUGCUUAUUCUGGAUAGACACUUCGGCGCAAACAAGUGGAAGGGAAAUGUGAAAGUGAUAUUUGCUGGAGAUGAUACUACGGACGAGGAUGCAAUGCUGGCCCUGAAAGGAAACGCUGCAACUUUUCGCAUUGCACCGACUGUUGAUGUGAAGACUCAUGCCGAGAAACUACUGUCCUCCACUCAGGCUGUGGUUACUGUUUUGAAAUUGGUUAAAAAGUUGGCCAAGAAGUAGUUUUAAUAGAUUCUGAAUCCAGUUGAUCAAGGAGUUUAUUGAUAAGAUGUGCAAGAAAACCUGUUAUGGAGUACAACUCAUUGGUGGAUGAUCGGCAAAUCAUUUAUAUGGCAGGAUUUGGUUAAAAUCAGAUCAAACGGAUUUUUAUUCAAAAAUCCCUUAAUAUAGUACAACAUACGUCAAAGUUCAAUAUAAAAAAUUCUGGAUCUAAUAAAUAAAAACAACUUACCGAUAUCAACUAUCUGCAAACUUAA